UUUCAGAACUCGUAUCGCUAUCAAUUAACUGCUCGAAACAUGUCUUGUUCCAUGACGGCGAGGGAACCCGCUGACUUGCGGGAGGAUAGUUUCAAGCGUAUAGUGAGAAAGAGGGCGCAAAACCAUUGUGUUGAUCAGACAGUUUACCCAAAUGAAAACCCAGGCCUCUCUCCUAGCUCUAUUUUCAAUGGCUACUCCCACCUGCUCUCUCCAUUUGAGAAGAUUGAAGUUAAGAAGUACGGAAAAAUCUACGCUCUAUCGAUGAAUCCGGAAACUCUGAAAGCUCCAGAGAAUGCGAUUGAGAAGGAUUUCUUUGAGAUGGGUUCGAUCUACAAAAUGAAAAAAGAUGAGCACAUUGGUUACCGUUACACGAUUGACAAGGUUAUUGGACAAGGUUGUUAUGGAGUGGUGGGUGAGGCAACGGAUGGAAAGACAAAGCAAAAGGUUGCAAUUCGAAUGGUCUCUAAAUUGGCGCCAAGAAUCUACAGAGAAACCGAAAUGAUAAUGUACAUCUCCUCCAUUGAUCCAGAUCACACAUUUGAUUGCGUUCGCAUGCUGGACUACAAUGUCUUUCGCGGAUUUCACUACGUCGUCACAGAUCUCUUUGACACCAGUGUGAAAAAGUACAUCAAGGAGCAUCACCCAAAUGGAAUUGCUCUGGAAAAUGUUGCUGCAAUGGGACGCAAGAUCUUGAAGGGGCUCGUCUUUCUUCACGAGCACAACAUCGUCCAUGGGGAUCUCAAGCCAGAGAACAUAAUGCUCAAUCUCGCAAAUCCUAACGAUGUCAAAUUGGGAGACUUUGGGCUAUCAAGAUUUGCAAAGCCAUAUCACGACCAUGUGCAGUGCCAAUCCAUGUUCUACAGAGCACCGGAAGCAUUUGUUCGUGGGAGAUACAAUGGAGCCACCGAUAUGUGGUCUUUUGGAUGUACCGUUGCUGAAAUGGUUUCUGGAAAAAUUUUUCUCGCUGGUGACAAUUGCGAUGAUCAAUUCUAUUUGAUGCAAGAAGUGAUUAACAUCCCGCCUCCAGUGUUUUUCGACACAUUCUACACCAACUACUAUUUCUUCUCUACUCUUAAGGAAGCACCGAAGCAUAUAGUUAUCACUGAUCACGGACCGAUUGUCAGCUUCAUUUACACAAAGGCCGCAGAUCACCGCAAAAUUCCGGGAGCAACGCCGAUUGGUUCUUUCUUCACUAAAACAGAGCAGAAACCUUUCAACAAUUUCAUUCUGAAAGUUUUCAAGUGGAUGCCAGCCAGCCGUAUCACUGCAAAACAGGCACUGGAUCAUCCGUUCUUCUACUCGCUUUCUGCAUGCUUCAAUCAGCAGAUGUCGUUGGCGGAUGGACCAUUGUUUGCUCCAAAAGUCAAGCGUGCAGCUUAAAUCAUCGGCUACUCAAAGAUAUUUGCAAAGGCACCAUGCAUGCAAAUCAUCAUUUAUGAAUCUUCGAAUUUUUCUUGGCCUGUUUCGUUUUUUAAACUAUAUUUUUGAAAUUUUUUUUUUCAAAUAAAUUGAAAUUUCGUA